UUUCAAUUUUUUCAUUCGAUUAUAUACUACGUUUAUUCGCAACUUCUCCUUAAACACAUUAUUUUUUAGAAUUUUCAAAUUCACGACUAGUUUAUUUUUGCGAAUAUGUAUAAAUAUAUUCACCGAAAGUCAUUCGACUAUCGUCACAGUAAACACAUGUAUUAGAUGAACUGGCCUUUUCUUUUUACAACAAUGUAAAUUGUAAACGUGAUACGUUCAUAAUACGUGCUUAUCUUAACUUGCAAAAUUCAAGUCUUAUAGGCGCCAUAAUUCUGUGCUUAGACUUUAUUUAAAUAUUUAAUUUUUUUCUUGGUAAGAAUAAGAUCAAUUCUGAAGAGGCUCGCUGAUAUAAUAAUAUUUCUAACAUAUAAAUAAUAAAAACGUACAUAUGCAUAUAUGUAUAUAGAAAAACAAAUAUUAAUACAUACAUAAAACUGACUCAUCUUCGCGACGCAAUGCGCAUGCUCGAACACGCUUGCGAGAUGUCGCUAAUGGCUGCUAUGCAAUGCGUAGCGUCAGGUUUCGUUGGGUUUCGUUACGUGCGCCGUGCGCUUCGCAUAAGAAUAACGGUGAUUUAUGUGUUCGCAAUAUAUAAAAGUUAAUUAUUAUGAGGAACGCUCCACAUUAGUAUAAAUAUUCCAAAUAAUACGAAGGCUAAUAAGUUAUUGUUGAAAUACCGUUAUAAUUUAUCUGGUUACGAAGACUUGAUUCUCAUUUCGACGAAGCAAUGAUGAAUACUAAUGAAGAACUGAUGAGCACAGAUUUGAAUGCACUUGAUUGUUCGUCUAAAGAUACAAUGGAUAUAGAAUCAGCGAUACAAAAUCCUAAAAAUCUUAGACGUCGAAGAUUACGAUAUAAAUUAUAUGAAUUAAAAAAGAAUUCUGGACUUGAAAGUGUGAAUCAGUUACCAAAUGGAAGUAAUUAUUUAAGUGAAUUCUGCAAAUUAGUGUGUAAACCAGUGUCCGUGAGACUCAGAAGAUUAACAGACUCAGACUUGAAGAAACUGACUACAAAAGUGUCAUCUAAAAUUCCAUCUGUUAGAAGGGCUCCGUUGGAUAGAUCACUUUAUAAGUUUUAUGGAUAUAAAACAAAAAAAAGGAAAAAUACUAUUAGUAUAGAAGAACACGGUAAACAAAUCCAGAAAAGAAUAAAGAGUAAUAAAAUUAAUAAAAAUGUAGAUAAUAGUGUUGAUGAGAAUGUACAGAAAAAUGUUAAGAAAAAAGUAGCACGAAAUAGACCUAAGCGUUUAUAUAAAAAACGUCAGUUAAAUAAUACAGUGACUUCCAAAGUACAAAAAUCUAGCAACCAUGAACAACGUAAAGAAGAUUUAUUUAAAACUAUUAAGCAGCCAAUUAUAGCAUUAAAUAGAAUAGAUGAAGUAAUUAAUAAGUUAGCACAAUCAUUUGCAAGAGUAACUUCGAAUAAACAAUGCUAUACAUUGGAACAGCCAGCAGUCAAACAAUAUAUAGCUGUGACUCAAACUGAGGAAAUUGGGUUGAUGUCAGAACCUUUAUUGAUAAGCACCAAUGAGAAUGAUUGUCUUCAGAAUGACGAAGUUGCUGAUAAUAUUAGUGAAACAGACAGUGAUGACAUAUCCCAAAUUAAAAGCAAAUUUAAAAGGAAAAAGAGAAUCUUUGAUGAUUCCAAUAGUGAUGAAUCUGAUAAUGAUGUAUGGUAUGAAACGAAAAAAUUAAAAUUGUGUUUGUCAAAGAAGGAAACUGCAACGACUUCCGAUAAAUAUAUUGAAGAGAAAGAAAAUAUUAACACUUUUAAUCUAACAUCUAAAGACUUAACAUUUCAGGCUGGAACAUCUCGAGAAUCAAAUGUUUCUUGUAAAUUAAAUGUACUUCCUAGCGAAGAAAAUAUAGAAGCAGACACUGCAAAAGGAAAAUCACUUGUUGAUAAUGGAAAAGUAAAUGUUGAGAAUAAUGAAGUAAAUAUUGAGGAAGGAGAUCUGGAUAUUCGGAAUGCAGAAAUAAGUAACAGGAAAGAAGGAAUGGAUCUUGAGAACUUAAAAGUUGUUGAAGUGCAGGAAAAAGUAAAUGAUGAAAAUGAACAUGUGGAUGUUGAAAAUGAAGAUAUUGAUGUUGAAAAUGAAGGUAUAGGUGUCGACAACAAAGGUAUAGAUGUCGAAAACGAAGGUAUAGAUGUCGAAAACGAAGGUGUAGAUAUUGAAAACAAAGGUGUAGAUGUCGAAAAUGAAGGUAUAGAUGUCGAAAACGAAGGUGUAGAUGUCGAAAACGAAGGUGUAGAUGUCGAAAAUGAAGGUGUAGAUGUCGAAAACGAAGGUGUAGAUGUCGAAAGCAAAGGUGUAAAUGUUGAAAAUGAAGGAAUAAAUGUCAAAAACAAAGGUGCGGAUGUUCAAAAUCAAGGUGUAGGUGUUAAAAAUGAAGAUGUAGAUGUUGAGAAAGGAGAUCUAGACAUUCAAAAUGUAAAAGCAAAUAACAGAAACGAAGAAAUGGAUCUUGAGAACAUAAAGGAUGUUGAAGUACAGGAGGAAGUUGAUGUUGAAAAUGAAGAAGCAGGUGUUCAAAGUCAACAAGUUGAUGUUAAGACUGAAAAUGGAAAGUAUAAUUUGGAUGUAUCAAAGAAUGAAAUUCAAGAAAGUAUUGAGAGCCCCACAGAAGACUCUGUUUCCAGCUUGUUAUCUUCAGAACUACAUUUUGAGCAUACUCCAAAAUGUAGUACAUGUUCUGUAGAUGAAUUCGUUUAUACAAAUUCAGAGAUGGAGCAACAUAUACUGAAACCACUAUUAUCUGAAAAUCAGUUAAUACAAAAAUACAAGUUGUAUAAACAGCCGAAGAUUUUAUUGGUGGAUUGUCAACGUAUCAAAAAACCAUCUGGUAAUACAUGUUCAGACAUGAAAGUUGAAAAACUAACUGAGAAGAACAUAAAUAUUUUACCAAAUUGUAAUUUUACACAUAUGACUAAAAAUUAUCUAAUUUCAGGCAUGUCUUGUUUAAAGAAUAUGAUUAUUAAAUCAAAACUUGACAAACCUGUUUGUUCACACAAGAUUAUAAGAGGGAGGAAAGGAAGUGUAGAAAGAGAACAUGUUUCUAGUAAAUCCAUGACCUCAAAGAAAGGGAAAAUAUACAAAAUGAUAUCCGACAGCAUCAUUGGACAUGGUAUUGUAUCUUCACAUCUUCCAAAACAAUCUAUCAAAGAAUUAGACACACUCUCUUCUACUGCUCCACAAAAGCCUAGUAAAUUAUUCCUUAAAUCCACAGAAAGUACAGCUAAGAAAGCAAAAUUUAAUACUUCUGAAACUAUUGACAUAAAAACUAAUGUUGCAAAACAACUUCAUGUUUUAGGUCACACAAGUUCUCCAAACAUAGAUCAAUUGGAAGAUAUAAGCAUUGGCAAUCAUAAGACAGAUGGAGAGAAAGCCAUGUUGUUAUGGGUUCCCAUAACUUCCCCAACAAAACAUAAAAAACUUGCAGAGAAGAAAGAUACUAUCAAACCGAAGGAAGUUUCCAGUACUUAUAAAUGCAUUGUUUGUGAUCUUUUCUUCGAGGAUUAUUCUGUUUUGCAACAACAUUUAAGUACGCACACAAAGCAAACCAUGCAAAGUCAGCAAAAGGCUAUAGUUACAGAGAAGCAUGCUGAUGCUAAAGAAAAAUCACAAUCUCAACUUUCCACACUAGAAAGAAGAGACCUACAACAGUUUCUUAUUGAAGAUAGCACUUCUCAAGUUGCAUCUUCAUGUAGCCCAUGCAUCAAUGCAGAUCAAAAAGAGUCGCAGCACAUAAGUCCACAGAAAAAAAUAAAGGACGCGAAAUCUAAACAGAGUUUGUCAAAGAAGCACAAACUUUGUAAACCGUCUAAACUGACGAACGAGUGUAGCGUAUGUUUCCAUGAGUUUGCAACAAGAGCAGAUUUGGCAGCUCAUAUUUUCUUGCACACGGAAACUGAACUGAAAGAAGCAUAUAAAGUUGCAAAACUAAAUUUGCAGAAGAAUGACAUUAAGAUUGCAGCAUCAGAAACUCAGAAGACAAAGGAUUGUGUGGCAAAAUCUACUCAUUCAGUUGAAAAAUCUUCAAUGAACUCCAAUGAGAGCAACACAAGUAGUAGUUUAGAAGCAUCAACUAUGCAAAAAUGCAUGGAACAUGUACCAAAAGAUGUUAAAUUUAUAGAUGAAAAACUAAAUGACAUUCCAAAAAUAUGCAAAUUAACCCAUGGAGAAAGUAAUUCUAAUGGUCAAACUUCGUCUGUGACAAAUAAUGUAGCUAAAGUAAAAACGAGUAAAAAAAGCGGGACGAAUAAAACAUUGUUUACAAUAUGUCAGUGCCAUAACACAGCAGACACCAACUUUAGUUGUUUACAAAUUGAGAUAGUUCUCCUAUGUCACACUUGUGGAGUAUUAUUUCGAAGCAUGGAGUGUUUCGAGACUCAUUAUCGUCUUCCUGAGUAUUCGGCUUGUAAUCAGAAUCGGCCAGAGAGCGGUCGAUCUCCAAAUUUAUUCUGUGCUACCUGCGGAAUGAUAUUUAGCUCGGUUCAAGAUGUGCGUCAACAUCUAGAGAUACAUGUACGUUAUAAGAAAGACUGCACAAUGGACUUUCGUUGCAACAUUUGCAAAGUGAUGUUCAUUGGAAUCGGACCUCUCUUUUAUCGUCAUUGGUUAAACCAUACAAAGGAUCCAUUCUGGGUAGCCAGUGAACAAUCAUUUCCCAAAAUUUCUGUGUUGAACUUAAAAUCCAAGAAGCUGGGUGUAGCAUCUAAUCCAGGUGAAUUUGUUAUCUAUAAAUGGCUAGACAAUUACAUUCAUGUUGCAGAACAUGUUUGUUUGAACUGCAAAAUGGCUUUCAAUAAAGAAGACCACUUAAAGGAACACGAACAGAAUUGUAAAGCAGUUAGUGUGUUAAAAAGUCCGAAUGCGAAGUCCAAUGUUACUACAGACGUGAUGCUACUAAAGUUGCAUUUUAUUUGUAGUCUCUGUGAUAGCACUAUUCCAAACAAAGCAAAGUUGUAUGCACAUAUGAAGAACACGCAUAAAUUCGCCACAGAUCCCCAAUUUGUAUGUGUGUCCCUUACAAAUAUGGCGAAAACGUUCAUUUGCAAUGUUUGUAUGGCGAUCAGUGCAAAUAUCGAUAAGUUCAACGAGCACUGGUUCGAUCACUAUGUGAGCCAACCAUGUUUCGAUUGUCCAUAUUGUGAGAAAACUAGCGAGAGCUUGGAUACUUUCAAAAGACACAUCAAGGAGCAUGUGACAACACCAAAUGACGACAUAAUUACGAUAUCUUGUAAGGUACACUAUCGCAAAGUUAAAUACCAUUGCAAACCAUGCUAUAUUGGUUUCAACUCAGAGAAAUUGUUAAACGAGCACAAUGUUAUACAUAACACAAGUAGUAUAAAUAAUGGAAAUAGUAACGAAGCGACGACUCCGGAGAAUUCUAGAUUAUGUGAAAAACUGAUAGAUAAGGUAUCUGCUAAGGAAGAAAAAGACACAGGGGAAGAAGCUGAUAAAGGUGAUCAAUCGACAGAGGAUCAGGCUGUUAAAGAAGAUCACGUAUCAGAGGAUCAGAUCGACAAAGAAGAUCAAGCUACGAAAGAGAAGACUGAUACAAGAAAUCAAGUAACACAGGAACAAACUACACAGUGUUCAAAGUCUAAGGCUGACAUUGAAAAGGAGAGAUUAAUCAAUAUAUUGGAAGGCAACGAGGAGGAAGACUCCGAAAAUGAGUUGGUAAUAGACUUGGCAGAUCGUACAGAGUUACAGAACGAGUUAGCAGUAACAGACAGAUCUAAAGAAAAGCAAGUUGUAACUACCGGCACGGUAGGUACGUUAAACCCUGCUUCACAAUCUACUCCACCUCCAAACAGACCAAUGGAGGCAAACAAUUCAAAAAGGCAUGGAUUUCUACGUGUGAAAAAAUUAGAAGAUCUUCUGGAAGAUGUAAGCUCCUUGCAUGAAUGCCAGGUGUGCAAGUAUAGUUAUGGAUCUGCUGAAGAACUUCAGCAACAUCUCUUGACUCACGCAGUUCAAGAACAAGCGAAAGUAUCUUCUGAGGAGGCUUCCCAGCAACUUGCAAUAUCCACCGAACAGAAAAAGCCUCUGCAGAAUGAAGGGAGACUUACAGUGACUGCACGGACUGUCCAGAUUCCAGUCAUGUCCAAUCUCUAUCCGGGAACAGCGACCAACGUGAAAUUGUUAACUGCCAAGCAUAAUUCUCCUGUUUCUUCUUCACAGGCUUCCGUAAAAACGGCGUACCAUAAGAAUCUGCCGGCUUGCAAUAUUGUUCGUAAAUUAACUGUACCACGUUCCAGUAACCAAACGAGUGGUAAGGUUUCCACGGCAGUGGAAAGAGGUUCUUCCAAUGCGCAGAGUCUUCAAACGGCGCUCAGAGUUGAUUCUAAUACUGGAAACCAGCAGGGUAAAACGAAUUCGUAUAUACCUUAUAGAAUGAAUGUCCCCGUAAGGGCGAACAUAGCUACUGCUAUGAGCAAGAACAAGUACCUGAAUCAACAAGCAGGUUACAAAACUUAUCCUAAGCCCACCCCACCACCCGUCUCGACUGUAUACACGUAUUCCCAAGACGAAAAUGGAAAGAUCGAAGUCGCUGCAAGUCAUAGCAUCGGUAGUGCUGUAGCGAACAACAAUGCGAACUACGACAAUGCGAACUACACGAACGGCGCCCACAACUAUAUCCAGACCUCGCACAGCGUUCAGAACCAAGCCACGACGAAUAAUUCUCCCACAACGAUGUAUUAUUAUUAUCCCAAUUCUAAUACUGCUUACGCUGGGAAUGCUCAGGGGCCCGUACAUACUCAGCAAAUGGUGCAGCAGGUACCCAAUCAUACACUAGCGAGAAACGUACCACCUUCUUUUUAUUGUAAGAAUCCUACAUCAGGUGGUAUGUCGAUAGUAAUCAAUCAAAAUGCGCCCACCGUGCAAGGUUUGCCAGCAGUGGACGUGAGACAGCAACAAGAACACCAACAACAUAUGUAUCAGCCAGUUUAUAGCAAUCCAGUGGUUUCGGUAGACCCUUAUGUAGCGCAGUCACAGAAAAUUCUUGAUUACACCGGAACCAAUGAGAUUUAUCAGGCAACACCGAAUGAGUACACAGAGCCGGUCAAUGAAAAUGUUUCCAGCUGCAAUGCGUCGAUGCAAACCGUAUCAACCAAUUUUUGCGCCUACUGUCCACUAGCCAUUUCGUUUGUGAGUCAAGACUCAUUCGAUAGACAUAUGAGCGUUUACCAUAAUUUUGUUUGCGAGAUUUGCGCUUCGUCGUUCUACCGUAUCGAGGACUUGAGGGUCCAUAACAUGAAACACGUGUUGAACUGAACAAAAGUAGUAUAUCGCUAGUUCCACCGAUUAUUGUUAAGAAUAACGUUUAGAGGCGCUGCGUUUCCAAACAGUUUUGCCAUUACAUUAAUAAUAUUGUUACUACGACAUUACUAGGAAAGAUUUCGUGUAACACACAUCCGUAUGGAGAAAUGUUACAGAAUGUUUACGCAUUUUAUUUUUGACACCUUAAAUACCAAGGACAUAUUGUUAAUGAUAUUUUUUAUGAAUAGUUUAUCGCUAAACUACAAGGACUAUGUCGGCUUAGAAUGUCCUCAGUUUAAUAUAUGUAUUAUGCCGAAGUAUGGUUUUAGUAACAUCAAAAUUAAGAUAUAAGGUUUUCGUUUCGUCGUAUCGAUUCAAGACGUAUGUUCACAUUCUUUAUCGGUUCUCAUUACUUCAUAUUCUUAAUAGAACAUUUCAUUUCAAAGUAAUUGUAAAUAUGUAGUCUAUUUAUAUUUAGUUUUAUACACAUUCAAAGUUUUUAUACUCAAAAGGUACACGUUGAAAAAAGUUAUUUAAUCAUGUCGUGUUCGUAGUUUUCUUCGCCAAGAAUUUUUAAUGAAUUUCGUAUGUAGCAUCUAUAAUUAGAUCCAUCGUUUUGUCUAUAUAAUUCCAUUAUAUGUAUUAUAGAAACUUUGACAGGUUACUAUCCUUCUUUGAUCGAGGAGCAUCUGUUUUGUACGAUAAAUAUUUUUUGACUAAAAAUAUUUAUUUUUGGUCGAGAAAGUUUGUAAUCCUCCUUCCUUUUUAAACACUUCUAUCGCUAGUGUGUAAUAUGCGCCGGUUGAUCGUAUCACUGUCGGGGCUGUCAAACUACGUACUACUGUCCAACAUUUCGGAAUGCAUAAUUUCCUUUGAAAAUAAUUCUUAGGAUAUGAAUGAAUAGACCCGACAAUGUGGUACGAUUUACCGAGAGAAGUUUGAUGCAUCGAUUAAUGAGCAACAUUAAAAAGUGAAAAAAAAAGUUUUAUAAAAGAAUCUCUGAGAAAGUUGAUCGUUUGGAGAUUUCGAAGUAUGUAGUUCUUGCGUAUAUGUAGGUACAUCUGAAAAUAUAUUUGUAAAAUGAAAAUAUUCUAUAGUGUUCUUUGCUGCCGUUCUCACGUAGUCAUAAGCAAGUAAUUCAUAUUUUAAGCUGCAAUAUUUGCGUCGAAGAAUACUGAUUUAUACGAUCGUUUAGAGUUUUAGAGGUAAGUGGAAGGAUCGAAUGCGAUUAAAAGUAAAGCAAACACUGUCUA